AUGAAAACAACAGCAGCCAGUUCGUGGAAUACCAAAAACUUGGGGUGGAGAAUUGGCGUCGACUGCACGGCGGCAGCCAGUGCGGGUAUGCUUGUGGCGCCCGUCGUAACGGCUAUCGAUCGAGCCAUCAUCGAAAAUGCCUCCGGCCGCACCACCCUCCGGAACUCCCUUCUCACCUCUCUCCGUACCUUGCUUCUGCGGCCGCACACCUACAUCUUCUCCCGUCCCUUCGCCCUCAUCUUUACCCUCUAUACCGGAACCUACCUGAGCGCCAACACCCUCGACACGACCACCUCCGUCCUGCACUCCACGCCCGCCUCUACUACUACUGCCGGCGCCCCCAAAUUCGUCGCAACCAGCACCGCCAACCUCGCGCUCUGCCUGUACAAGGACAGCCGCUUCACGCGGAUGUUUGGUAUCACCACCUCCACACCACGACCCGUGCCGUCGGCGACGUACGCACUCUUCGCACUGCGCGACUGCCUGACCGUCUUCGCGAGCUUCAACGUGCCGCCGCUGCUGGCCCCCGCCCUGGCCUCCCGCAUCGAGCGCACGACGGGCGCGCUCGGCGACGCGCUCCGCAAGCACGUCGAUGCGGCCAGUACGGCGCAGUUCGUGGCGCCGGCGGCGGUGCAGAUCUUCAGCACGCCGCUGCACCUGCUCGGCCUGGACCUAUACAAUCGUCCGCGCGGCUCGCCCGGCGUUGGCUUCGCGCAGCGUUUGAGCAAGGUCACAAGCGACUGGGGCAUGAGCUGCUUGGCGAGAAUGGCGAGGAUUGUGCCGGCGUUCGGGUGUGGAGGCGUGGUGAAUCUGCGCGUCAGGAGAGAGUUGAUGGGAAGGUUAGAGUGA